AUGAUCGAAAGCGACCCCCCCUUCGCCAUGUCCGGCCUCGUCAGGAACCCCGGACCGGCCCGCCGACCCUCCCCGCAGGACUACAGACUGUUGGGCUCCGACCCCUCACAUCUGAGCGAAGAUGACUUCCCCGGCGACUUGCAGUCCCUUUCGUGGCUGACCUCCGUGGACGUCCCUCGGCUGCAGCAGAUGACCAGCGAAAGAAUGGAUUUUGGCAUCACCUCCCAGAAUGUGGUCCUGCAGCAGACAGGUGGCAUGCACAGCUCGGGGCCCCCAAGAGCGACGCCUCACAUUCAAGCCAGCCUGUCUCCAAACAUCCUGGGACUUAACACCAUCUCGCCCCAUGAAAGUGACAUCAGUCAGUACAUGGUGGGGGGGCAGCCGUCCCCCAGCCUUCAGCCGUCCCCACUCUUCCCUCCUCCCUCCUGCCACACUCAGCAGAUCUUCACCAUCACGCACAGCACGCAGCAGUGCAACCCCGUGACCAUCUACAGCACCUCUUACGGAGCCCACCCCCACUUCUCCCAGCCCCGCCUGGCCCCCCAUGCAGCCCAAGAGAUGCAUGCCAAGCACUACCCCAAGCCCAUCUACUCCUACAGCUGCCUGAUCGCCAUGGCCCUGAAGAACAGCAAGACGGGCAGCCUCCCCGUGAGUGAGAUCUAUGGCUUCAUGAAGGAGCAUUUCCCCUAUUUUAAGACAGCCCCCGACGGCUGGAAGAACUCGGUGCGGCACAACCUCUCCCUGAACAAGUGCUUCGAGAAAGUGGAGAACAAGGCCAGCAGCUCCUCCCGCAAGGGCUGCCUCUGGGCCCUCAACCCUGCCAAGAUAGACAAGAUGGAGGAGGAGAUGCAGAAGUGGAAGAGGAAGGACCUGGCUGCCAUUCACAGGAGCAUGGCCAACCCAGAGGAACUGGACAAGCUGAUCACUGACCGCCCCGCCGGCUGCAGGAGGGCCGGCAAGCUGGCGGAGGCCGAAGCCUCCCUGCGCAGCCACGGGGCAGCGGCCGCUCAGGGCCACCUGCUGCAGGCGCAGCCCCAGCCGAUGGGGACGCUCCCCUUGCAGUCCGUCCGGCUUCACCGGCAGAUCCAGCCCCAGGCGUGCUUGGCCCCGGACUCCCCGGCCCCUGCACAGACGCCCCCCCUCCACGCCCUGCCCAGCGCCCACCACAGCCCCCUCCCUCAGCACCUGGUGAGCAGGGCCCCCGACUUCCUCAACGUGAUGACUGACCUGAGCACGGAGGUGGAUGCCCUCGAUCCCAGCAUUAUGGACUUUGCACUCCAAGGGAACCUCUGGGAGGAGAAGGACGACAGCUUCAACCUGGAGACGUUGGGGGCCUUCAGCAACUCUCCCCUGGCGCUCUCCGACUGCGACCUGGCGCCUGCCAGCCUGCCCCCUGCCUCCAGUGCCAGCGACCAUUCCUUCGCAGACUUACAGGUGACGGGUCUCUACACAACCUACGCCACGCUGGAUGCCGUCUCCCCAGCACAGUACCGGGGCCCUCAAGGGAACAAACCCAUCGCUCUGCUCUGA